AUGCGACCAUUCUGUGAUAUUCCGCUUGCCGGACAUGGCGGACAUGGGACGCAUGGACCAGGCGGACAAGGUUGCGGUGGUGGUGGAGGUGGUGGAGGUGGUGGAGGUGGUUCCACAGGCGGUGGUUCCACAGGCGGUGGUUCCACAGGCGGUGGUUCCACAGGCGGUGGUUCCACAGGCGGUGGUUCCACAGGCGGUGGUUUCACAGGCGAAGGUGGUUUCACAGGCGGUGGUUUCACAGGCGAAGGUGGUUUCACAGGCGGUGGUUUCACAGGCGAAGGUGGUUUCACAGGCGGUGGUUUCACAGGCGGUGGUUUCACAGGCGAAGGUGGUUUCACAGGCGGUGGUUUCACAGGCGAAGGUGGUUUCACAGGCGGUGGUUUCACAGGCGAAGGUGGUUUCACAGGCGGUGGUUUCACAGGCGAAGGUGGUUUCACAGGCGGUGGUUCCACAGGCGGUGGUUUCACAGGCGGUGGUUUCACAGGCGGUGGUUUCACAGGCGAAGGUGGUUUCACAGGCGGUGGUUUGGUGGAGGUGGUUUUUAUCACGGCGGAGGUGGUUUUUCACCGGGGCGGUGGUUUCACAGGCGGUGGUUUCACAGGCGGUGGUUUCACAGGCGAAGGUGGUUUCACAGGCGUUUGGAGGUGGUUUCACAGGCAGGUGGUUUCACAGGCGAGGUGGUUUCACAGGGGAGGUGGUUUCACAGGCGGUGGUUUCACAGGCGGUGGUUGGGGAGGUGGUUUAUUGUCAUCACGGCGGAGGUGUUUGUUUCACAGGCGAGGUGGUUUCACAGGCGGUGGUUUCACAGGCGAAGGUGGUUUCACAGGCGGUGGUUUCACAGGCGGUGGUUUCACAGGCGAAGGUGGUUUCACAGGCGGUGGUUUCACAGGCGGUGGUUUCACAGGCGAAGGUGGUUUCACAGGCGGUGGUUUCACAGGCGGUGGUUUCACAGGCGGUGGUUUCACAGGCGAAGGUGGUUUCACAGGCGGUGGUUUCACAGGCGGUGGUUUCACAGGCGAAGGUGGUUUCACAGGCGGUGUAGGCGGUGGUUUCACAGGCGAAGGUGGUUUCACAGGCGGUUUUGGUGGAGGUGGUUUUUGUCUCACAGGCGGGUGGUUUCACAGGCGGUUUUGUGGCGGUGGUUUCACAGGCGGAGGCGGUGGUUUCACAGGCGGUGGUUUCACAGGCGGUGGUUUCACAGGCGGUGGUUUCACAGGCGAAGGUGGUUUCACAGGCGGUGGUUCCACAGGCGGUGGUUCCACAGGCGGUGGUUUCACAGGCGGGAGGUGGUUUUCAUCAGGGCGAGGUGGUUUCACAGGCGGUGGUUUUGGAGGUGGUUUAUUGGGAGGCGGAGGUGGUUUCACAGGCGGUUUUGGUGGAGGUGGUUUAUUGUCACACGGGCGAGGUGGUUUCCAGGCGGUUUGGUGGAGGUGGUUUAUUGUCAUCACGGGCGGAGGUGGUUCCACAGGCGGUGGUUUCACAGGCGAAAGUGGUUUCACAGGCGGCUGUGGUGGAGGUGGUUUCACAGGCGGAGGUGGUUUCACAGGCGGUGGUUUCACAGGUGGUAUUUAUCGGGCGGAGGUGGUUUCACAGGCGGUUGUGGUGGAGGUGGUUUUUGUCAUCACCGGGCGGAGGCGGUUUGGUGGAGGUGGUUUAUUGUCAUCACCGGGCGGAGGUGGUUUCACAGGCGGUGGUUUCACAGGCGGUGGUGGAGGUGGUUUAUUGUCAUCACCAGGCGGAGGUGGUUUCACAGGCGGUUGUGGUGGAGGUGGUUUACUGUCAUCACCGGGCGGAGGUGGUUUCACAGGCGGUUGUGGUGGAGGUGGUUUAUUGUCAUCACCGGGCGGAGGUGGUUUCACAGGCGGUUUUGGUGGAGGUGGUUUAUUGUCAUCACCAGGCGGAGGUGGUUUCACAGGCGGAGGUGGACACACACCAGGCGGAGGUGGACACACACCAGGCGGAGGUGGACACACACCAGGCGGAGGUGGACACACACCAGGCGGAGGUGGACACACACCAGGCGGAGGUGGACACACACCAGGCAGAAGUGGACACACACAAGGCAGAGGUGGACAGUCCCCCAGGCAGAGGUCGUCCCCAGGGAUCCACAAGCGGAGGUUCUUUCUUCUCACAUUUGUCCUUCACAGGUGUACUGAGGAACGAAAGGAUGGCGAAUGGAAUAUCGUUGUCGUAAAAGACGAAACUAUGUGGAACUUCAUAAGAAUCAAGACAAACACUGCUAUUAUCAAGUGUUUCUUCAAAGGUAAAACAUCAAAAAUGGGACAUACAAAUGAAUUGAUCUGA